AUAAGAUGGUAACUGUCACUGCACACGUUGACACACAAAAAACAAACACAAACAUAAACCUGAGUUUAUCAAGUUCUAUCCAUUAACCAUUCCAACGAGGAAAUCAAAGCAACAAGAAAAGGAAGAACGAAGAAGAAAAGUGGAUAUUGGCCUUGGGCUUGGACCGAAAUGGACAUUUGGAACAAGGCUCGAAGCUUCGCGGAGGAAGCAGCAAAACGCUCCUCGGAGCUGACAAAGGAAGCGGCUCGGCGGUCCUCAGAGCUGAGCAUUGGCUCCGCCAAGCUUGGCGAUAUAGUUACGGAGGCUUCGAAAAGGUCGAAGGGGAUCGCGGCGGAGGCGUCGAAACGAGCCGACCAGAUCAGAGUGGAAGCCGCGAAGCGAGCCGACCUUAUCAAGUCGUCUCUUGCCGAGGGGAUUGCGCCGACACAAAACACGGAGACGCAGGUGGAGCAAGAGAAAGAGCUGGAGAGGUUUGGAAUUGAUGAAGAAUUAAGAGAUUUUGUCAAGGGGAUUACUUUGAGCACCUUUCAGGAUUUUCCUUUACCCGACGAUUCGCCAAUGUCUGAUGUUCCUACGGUCUCAAAUAUAAGGCAAGAUCUUACGGAGUGGCAAGAAAAACAUGCCAAUCUUGUACUUUCAACGGUUAAGGAAAUUUCAAAGUUAAGAUAUGAGUUGUGCCCACGUGUUAUGCGAGAAACGAAAUUCUGGAGGAUAUACUUUAUACUAGUAAGCAGUCACAUUGCACCGUAUGAGAAGCGGUACAUGGAAGAUGUUAAGCAAAGUUCUGCAGAACAAGUUACGGAUGAAAAAGUGAAGGACUCUUCAAAUGUUGAAAUGACUUCUAAACCACAGGCAAAGGAAACCAAAGAGCAUGGUAAAACUUCGACCUCAUCCGCUGAACAGGACCUGGAUAUAUUCCUUUUGGGUGAUGACAGUGAUGAAGGCCCUGAUGAUGGAGAUGACGGCUUUGAUGAUGAUUUUGAUAAAAUGGUGGACAGUUCGGAUGAGGAGAAGGACAAAUCAUAGAAGAUGCAGAAGCUGGUGUCAACAUGGUGAAUCAUUGCUGUCAUCAGAUUUGGAAAGUUGGAACACUUUCUGUAGAAUAAAGUUCUGGCAGGUAAUUGGUAGCUCUCUCUGUCAAAUAUAAGAAACCAUUGGCAUUGGUGUUUCAUUUUCUUUGCCACAUGUUUUUUCGUUUCUUUUAGGAGGGAGGUAGGGGUGCCAACUUGGCUGUGUGUGUAAAGAAAUUUUUUAAUGAUUUUCCCGCAAAAGCUGUGGUUUAGUAAAUCUAAUUUUCAUUCAACUUACUCCCCUGUGCUCUUACCUCGAAGGCAUUGUUAGUGUUUGGUACGCGAUUCGCGUGGGUCAGACUAUAGUAUGUACAAAUUACUAAAAUAUCAUAGUACACAGGUAUGGAAUUCAGAAUCAAUAAUACAGUAGAUUGUCAUUGUUA